AUGAUCUCCAAAAUCUUGACAUUCACCCUCCUUGCCGGCGGCGCCCUCGCUGUCCCGGUCGAGGUUGACAUUGAGAAACGUAUCAACUGCCCGGGCCUCCACAUCUUUGGUGCGCGCGAGACCACCGCAUCUUCCGGAUACGGUUCAUCCAACACAGUCGUCAAUGGUCUCCUCAGCGCCUACUCAGGCUCUACAGCUGAGGCCAUCAGCUACCCUGCCUGCGGUGGACAAUCGUCCUGUGGCAGUGUGAGCUACUCGAACUCAGUUGCCCAGGGCAUUGCAGCCGUUGCCUCGGCUGUGAACUCCUAUAACACACAGUGCCCAUCGACUAAGCUUGUUCUGGUCGGAUAUUCCCAGGGUGGUGAAAUCAUGGAUGCAGCCUUGUGCGGCGGCGGCGUCCCCAACCAAGGUUACACCAACACCGCGGUCCAGCUGUCGACGUCCGCUGUGAACAUGGUCAAGGCCGCCAUCUUCAUGGGUGAUCCACUGUAUGUGGCAGGGUUGCCGUAUGAUGUUGGAACUUGUGCUGCUGGAGGAUUCGAUGCACGCCCUUCUGGCUUCUCCUGCCCGUCUGCCAGUAAGAUUCAAUCAUACUGCGAUUCUACGGACCCGUACUGCUGCAAUGGCAGUAACGGCGCGACCCACCAGGGCUAUGGAGCUGAAUAUGGCGCAAAGGCCAUUGCCUUUGUCAAGAAAGAAGCCGGACUCCCUUCUGGAAAAGACCGCAUCGUUCAAGGCACAGACAAUGACGCAAGCGUAUCCCGCCUCAGCGCGGUCGAGCUAGGAUACCUAGAGGAUGUGUACGCAGCAGCAUUGACACCCGCUGGGUCAGCGACGCGAAGAUUGCCAAUUAUCAACAGAGGUGAGCCCCAAUUUCUCAAACUAUACUAUCCCCAACGCCAAGAGAGCCUAUGGCUGAUCGGGACACCUCCCGCCGCACCAGGAACCUACGCCCGCACAACAGCCAUCGACCAGCUCGUGGCGCGUUUCCUCGGUCCCAGCUCACCAGAUAAUACACAAAAGAAACAGAUCAUAUCUUUAGGUGCCGGGUCGGACACGCGCGUCUUCCGACUUCUCUCGUCGCGCCAAACCCCAGACUUCGUUUAUCACGAGCUCGAUUUUGCCGUCAAUACGGCGGAGAAGAUCCGUGCGAUUAGGUCGGCUCCUAUACUGCAGACUGCGUUGGGGAUUGUCUCGUCGGAGGGUUCGUCGGAAAAAGAUACUAGAGUGACCGUGUCGGAGGCCGGGGAUGCGCUGCAUUCGCCCUCGUAUCAUGUCCACCCAGUUGAUCUGCGGUCGCUGUCGACAUGCAGUGACCCUGCUGCAGCACUGCCAGGCGUGGAGACGGGAUUGCCGACUUUGCUGAUCUCCGAGUGCUGUUUAGUCUACCUAUCGCCCAUUGAAGCGGAGCAGGUGGUUGCGUUCUUCACGCAACGGCUUUUUGGUCAUGGGAAGCCGGGACCUGGACCUGAAAACAUAUUGCACGAGUCGCGGGCGAACGUCGCUCCGUUAGGGUUGAUUCUUUAUGAGCCUAUUCGGCCGAAUGAUGCCUUUGGUCGUACGAUGGUAUCGAACCUCGCAGCGCGAGGGAUCCAGCUCAAGACUCUAUCUCGGUAUGCGUCGCUUGAGGCACAGCGAUGCCGCUUCCAAGAUCAGGGCUUUGGUGAUGGUCAGUCUGCGGCUGACAUUGAGUUUAUUUGGAAGCGGUGGGUUAAUGAGGAUGAGAAGGAAAGAGUUGCUGGGCUAGAGAUGCUCGACGAGAUGGAGGAGUGGCAGUUGCUUGCACGGCAUUAUUGUAUUGCUUGGGGAUGGAGAGACCGUGAUGAUGUCCCAGCUUUUGCUGGGUGGAAGGACCUCGAGGCCCAGCAAGGCGAGUAG